AAUGGCGGCUAGAUGAGUCUCUCCAAUACUACAGAGAAAAGAAAAAGUGUGUGGAAAAACUCUGGAUAUAUAUUUGGAAUAUCGACAACAACACUCACGGGCGUCUCACAACACCUUCAUCAGUGAGGAUGUCGCGCUGGGUGCCCACGAAGAAGGAGAAGUAUGGAGUAGCAAUCUAUAACUAUGAUGCUCGCAGUGAUGAAGAGCUGUCCUUACAGAUCGGAGACACUGUACACAUUCUGGAGACUUACGAAGGAUGGUAUCGAGGGUAUCGGCUGAGGAGAAAAUCGAAGAAGGGCGUGUUUCCGGCUUGUUACAUAAAUCUGAAGGAGGCCACGGUUGAAGGCAAUGGACAAAAGGAGACGGUCAUUCCUACUGAGAUUCCGCUCAUUCAUGAGGUCACGACUACAUUGCGAGAAUGGGCGGCAAUAUGGAGGGACCUAUAUGUGGGCGACAAGCGUGAGAUGUUCAACACGGUCAGAGACAUGAUCUACGACUUGAUCGAAUGGCGCUCCCAGAUCCUGUCCGGCACGCUCCCGCAGGACGAGCUGUCCGAGCUCAAACAGAAAGUCACCUCUAAGAUGGACUACGGGAACAAGUAUUUAGAUCUGGAUCUGGUGGUGAGAGAUAAAGACGGGAAUAUUCUGGAUCCUGACCUGACCAGCACUGUCAAUCUGUUCCGAGCACAUGAAACCGCAUCCAAGCAGAUUGAAGCUCGCAUCCAAGAGGAGAAGGAUCUGGGGAGCGAAGACCUGAAGAGGGAGAAAAUCAGUUUUGUUUGUCAGAUCGUUCGAGUGGGCCGGAUGGAGCUCAGAGAUAACAACACUAAGAAACUAACGUCCGGCCUCCGCAGACCCUUCGGUGUGGCAGUAAUGGACGUCACAGACAUCAUCACGGGCAAGAUGGACGAUGAGGACAAGCAGCACUUCAUACCCUUCCAGCCGCUAGCGUUGGAUGACGCCAUUCGCCACAGGCAGCUGAACAUCUCCCGUUUUUCACCCAGGGUGGCGGGCGAGAACGACUUCCUCCAGACCGUCAUCAACAAGGUCAUCGCUGCCAAAGAGGUCAAUCACAAAGGUCAAGGUUUGUGGGUCACACUGAAGUUGCUUCCAGGUGAUAUUCAUCAGAUCCGGAAAGAUUUCCCUCACCUGGUGGACCGUUCCACCGCUGUCGCUCGCAAGAUGGGCUUCCCAGAAAUCAUCAUGCCAGGUGAUGUUCGGAAUGACAUUUACGUGACGCUGGUUCAGGGGGAUUUUGAUAAAGGAAGUAAGACGACACCUAAAAACGUGGAGGUCAGCAUGUCUGUACAUGAUGAAGAUGGAAAGAAACUCGAGAACGUGAUAUUUCCUGGAGCCGGUGAUGAAGGUAUUCUGGAGUACAAAUCGGUCAUUUACUACCAGGUCAAACAGCCACGCUGGUUUGAAACCAUCAAGGUUGCGAUCCCGAUUGAAGACGUCAACAGGAGUCACCUGCGGUUCACAUUCAAGCACCGAUCGUCUCAGGACUGCAAGGAUAAAUCAGAGAAGAACUUUGCUCUGACAUUUGUGAAGCUGAUGAGGUACGACGGCACGACGCUGAGAGAUGGAGAACACGAUCUCAUCGUCUAUAAGGCCGAAGCCAAGAAACUGGAGGACUCCACCAUGUACCUGAGCUUGGCCUCCACCAAACCAGAGAUGGAGGAAAGAAAUCCGUCGUCCGGGAAGAACACGCAGAAUCUCGGCAGCUUCUCCAUCAGCAAAGACUCGUUUCAGAUCUCGACGCUUGUUUGCUCCACCAAACUCACGCAGAACGUUGAUCUCCUGGGGCUGCUGAAGUGGAGGUCCAACACCAGUUUGCUCCAGCAGAACCUCUGUCACCUGAUGAAAGUGGAAGGAGGCGAGGUGGUCAAGUUUCUGCAGGACACUUUGGAUGCCCUCUUCAACAUUAUGAUGGAGAACUCGGACAGUGAGACCUUUGAUACUCUUGUGUUUGAUUCUCUGGUCUUCAUAAUCGGACUGAUCGCAGACAGGAAGUUCCAUCAUUUCAAUCCUGUUCUGGAGACUUACAUCCGCAAGCACUUCAGCGCCACCCUCGCCUACACAAAGCUGACAAAAGUCCUGAAGAACUACGUGGAUAAUGCGGAGAAGCUGACGGAGCAGCUGCUGAAAGCUCUGAAGGCUUUGGAGUACAUCUUCAAGUUCAUCGUGAGAUCCCGCGUUCUCUUCAACCAGCUCUACGAGAACAAAGGCGAGAGUGAUUUCAUGGAGUCCCUGAGGAAUCUCUUUGCCUCGUUUAAUGGCAUGAUGAACAGCAGUGCUGAAGGGACCGGCGGGGUGAAGGGUGCUGCACUGAAAUACGUCCCGACUAUCGUCAAUGAUCUGAAACUGGUCUUUGAUCCAAAGGAGCUCAGAUGUUGCUCUUGUAAAGAGAUUAUUUCACCUGUUGUGUGUGUGUGUGUAGACUGCAGAGAGAUCCUGUUGCCUUUGAUGACGGAGCAGCUGAAACUUCACCUGGAGAAUCAUGAAGAGCUGGACUCCUGCUGUCAGCUGCUCAGCAACAUCCUGGAGGUGCUUUACAGGAAGGAUGUGGGCCCGACGCAGUGGCACGUUCAGAUCAUAAUGGAGAAGCUGCUGAGGACGGUAAACAGGACUGUGAUCUCCAUGGGCCGAGAUUCUACUCUCAUAGGCAGUUUUGUGGCGUGUAUGACCGGCACUCUGCGGCAGAUGGACGACUAUCACUACACCCACCUCAUCAGCACCUUUGGGAAGAUGCGCACAGACGUGGUGGAUUUCCUCAUGGAGACGUUCAUCAUGUUUAAGGAUCUCAUUGGGAAGAACGUCUAUCCUGCCGACUGGGUCAUAAUGAACAUGAUGCAAAAUAAAGUCUUCCUGCGAGCCAUCAAUCAGUACGCCGCCGUGCUCAGCAAGAAGUUUCUUGAUCAAACCAACUUUGAGCUGCAGCUGUGGAAUAACUACUUCCACCUCGCUGUGGCAUUCCUUACCCAGGAGUCUUUGCAGCUGGAGAACUUUUCGAGUGACAAACGGGCCAAGAUCUUCCACAAGUAUCAAGACAUGAGGCGACAGAUUGGCUUCGAGAUCCGAGACAUGUGGUACAACCUGGGUCCACACAAAAUCAAGUUUAUCCCUGAGAUGGUGGGUCCGAUUCUGGAGAUGACGCUGGUUCCUGAGAUCGAGCUGCGUAAAGCCACCAUUCCCAUCUUCUUUGACAUGAUGCAGUGCGAGUUUCACUUCAGACGCUGCUUCCAGACGUUUGAGAACGAGAUCAUCACCAAGCUGGAUCAUGAGGUGGAAGGCGGCCGAGGAGACGAACAGUACAAAAUCCUCUUCCAGAAGAUUCUGUUGGAGCACUGCAGGAAGCACAAGUAUCUGGCUAAGACUGGCGAAACCUUCGUAACUCUGGUGGUCCGUCUGUUGGAGAGACUUUUGGACUACAGGACCAUCAUGCAUGACGAGAACAAGGAGAACCGCAUGAGCUGCACAGUUAACGUGCUGAAUUUCUACAAGGAGAUAGAGAGAGAAGAGAUGUACAUCAGGUACCUGUAUAAGCUGUGUGACCUGCAUAAGGAGUGUGAUAACUACACUGAGGCCGGAUACACCCUACUGCUGCACGCUAAACUCCUCAGGGUAACUCCACACACGUUUACCUUUUACCUUGGUAGACGUAUCUGGAUGUCUCCAGUAAAGACACUACAUUUAUUCUUACUCGUGUCAGUAAAUGAAGGUUCAAUGUGGGAGGAGGCCAUUAUCCUGGGGAAGGAGUUAGCCGAACAGUACGAGAACGAGAUGUUUGACUUUGAGCAGCUGAGCGCUUUACUGAGGAAGCAGGCUCAGUUUUAUGAGAACAUCGUGAAAGUGAUCAGACCAAAGCCGGACUACUUCGCUGUAGGUUAUUAUGGGCUGGGCUUCCCCUCGUUCCUGCGGAAUAAGAUGUUCAUCUAUCGAGGGAAGGAGUAUGAGCGACGGGAGGACUUUGAGGCCAGACUGCUCACUCAGUUCCCCAACGCUGAGAAGAUGAAGACCACGACCCCUCCCAGCGAGGACAUCAGGAGCUCCUCUGGACAGUACAUUCAGUGUUUCACAGUGAAGCCCAUCCUAGAGCUGCCACCAAAGUUCCAGAACAAACCCGUAUCAGAGCAGAUCAUCAGCUUUUACACUGUGAAUGAAGUCCAGAAAUUCCAGUAUUCACGGCCGGUCCGGAAGGGAGAGAAAGAUCCGGACAAUGAGUUCGCUAACAUGUGGAUUGAAAGGACGACUUUCGUAACCGCCUAUAAGCUGCCGGGCAUCCUGCGCUGGUUUGAAGUGGUGUCCGUCUCAGCGGAGGAAAUCAGUCCGUUGGAAAAUGCUAUGGAGACAAUGCAACUGACCAAUGAGAAAAUCAACAACAUGGUCCAGCGCCACUUAAACGACCCCAGCCUUCCCAUCAACCCCCUUUCUAUGCUCCUCAACGGCAUCGUGGACCCAGCUGUCAUGGGCGGCUUCACUAAUUAUGAGAAGGCGUUUUUCACUGAGAAAUACAUCCAUGAACAUCCAAAUGACAAGGAGAAGAUUGAAAAGCUAAAGGAUCUGAUUGCCUGGCAGAUCCCGAACCUGGCUGAAGGAGUCCGCAUCCACGGCCAGAAGGUGACGGAGGCUCUUCGUCCGUUUCACGAGCGUUUGGAGGCGUGUUUCAAACAGCUCAAAGAGAAGGUGGAGAAGCAGUACGGCGUCAGAACACUACCUCCCACGUCGGACGAGCGGCGGGGCAGUCGGCCACAUUCAAUGGUUCGGUCCUUCACCAUGCCGUCAUCUCAGAGGCCGCUGUCUGUCGCAUCUGUGACCUCCAUAUCAUCAGAAAACUCUCCCUCCAGACCGGGAUCAGACGGAUUUGCCUUGGAGCCUCUCUUACCAAAGAAGCUGCACUCUAAGUCUCAGGAUAAACUGGAUCGAGACGAACCUGAGAAAGACAGGAAGGAGAAGAAGAAAGAGAAGAGGAACAGUAAACACCAGGAGCUGUUUGAUAAGGAGCUGAAGACGGCUGAGAUCCCGCUGCAGCCCAGCGAGGCGGUCAUUCUGUCAGAGACGAUCAGUCCAUUGAGGCCCCAGAGGCCCAAGAGUCAGGUGAUCAGCUUGCUGGGCGAGAAAAGGCUCUCGGUGUCUCCGGGAGCCCCUGCCAACCCGUCUGCGCCCAGCAUCCCACCUCCCAUCACGCCCCGGGCCAAACUGCAGUUCAGCUUACUGUCUGGAUCCAAUCUGGAGCUGAAUGGGACGGGUUAUGGAGAUAAGGGCGAAACUCCGCCCCCACUUCCUGUCAAGAGCAGCAUGGGCGACUAUGGAAACCUGAUGGACAACUCAGACCUGGCCAGUCCGACCACGCCCCCUCCUCCACUGCCACACCAGCGGCACCUUCCGCCUCCGUUACCCAGCAAGACCCCUCCUCCUCCCCCUCCAAAGACCACUCGAAAGCAGACCUCCACUGAUUCGGGAAUCGUCCAAUAAGCGAGAAGACUGCAUCGUCAAACAGAGACAUCCGCAUUGGCCCUCUUCCAAUGAUUUUACGUCAACAUUCCUGACAGUAUGGCAUGAUGAAUACCUCACCUCAGCCCCGCUCAUAACGGCUGAUUAUUGUCCACUGCCAGAUCACCACUCUGAGCCUCCACCCCAGUGACAAUACAAGCUCGGAGACGCAGUCCAUUUCACAUCACUCCAGGCGUCAGACCACAGCACAUAUAGAUGCAGUGUAACUGGAGUCAGGGAAUUCUGGGUACUUUUGGCAGAUGAUGCAUGUUUAACUAAAGCUCCACUUGAGAUGAAUUGAGGGUUUUCUCUCUUUAGGCAGGAAGACACUUUUUAUGCACAUUAUCGUUGAGACACGUGACCAAUUCAAACCAUUUUGGUGUCGCAUAAUCAAAGUUUCCUUUUUCUCUCAUUUUUACAUGAUAUUUUUAUCCUCAAUAUUUACACAUUUAUGUACAGAGGUUUG